CUUACCUAAUGUAAAGGAUUCUGAAGAUUUUCAUCAAAUGGAUACUACAUAUUUAUCAAACACAAGGUACACAUACAAUCAUGGCGACAAAACAGAAGCCCUCAUCAGAAAGUUACGCCACACCACAGAAUGGCAAUACCUUAAAGUCCAGGUUGUCACAGAGAUUCACCCCAAGGAGGUUUACCCCCUAUGGGAGAACCCCCCAGAGUCGGAGGAUCACCACAGUAUUAUCAACCACUCAAGGCAAAAGAAAAACAGUCCGGGCAAAAUCAAAAACCCAAUCUGAAAGUGUUGCUGAAUCUGAAGAGUUCAAAGGUUUCAUCAACAAAACCUGGCGAGUGUUUAAGUUAUCUCCCUUGUACAAGUUUAGCAGCUCCCCAAAAGACCUUAAGCGAUAUGGCCAGCUGUUGUCUUCCUGUUUUGUAGCAGCCAGUCAGAAAGGAAUGUUUGUGGAGAACAAUAUCUCUGGAAAGGCAAUGUUCUGUGUCCAAGAAGGACUGAAAAAGAGUGAAUAUGACCCUGAUGCUGUACAAAUUUUGAUAAAAGGAAAGAGGACUACAGGUACCACAGACACUGCCCUGCUGACAGCCACACUGUGUGGGGUGGAGAUGGAGGAGGAGCAACUCAGUCCCGAUGUGAAGGACCACUUUAUGUACUACCCUGUACUGCUUGUGAAAUCUACUGUAGCCCUCACUGAUGUCCUUAUCACUUGGCUCCAGAUGCAUUUUGACUGCAAAGUUACCCCCAUGAUCUUCCCUCCUGUACAUCUUGCCUGGAUGAUUGGCAUGUGGAGUGGAGCUCUGGCAAAUACAAAUCGUAAGAAGAAGCCCGUAGAACUUGUCUAUCAGGUGCCAAGUGAAUGUGAGGGAAUCAAGAAAGUCACAUAUACCAUAGAAGCCGAGGAUUGUCUUAAAGUUUGGAACAGCAUUCAUGAUCACAGAUCUGAUAUGUUCACAGAAGAGGAGAUGACAACGUUCCUCUCAUGUCUAGAGGAACAUUUUUAUUCCCUUUUUAGAAUAAAGCUAAAUGCCAUGCAGUUGUCAUGUGUCGGUACGUCUUUAUGUUAUAUUGGCAGAGAAGGUUUACUUAAGAUUUAUUCAGAGGAGCAUGUGAUUUCAAUUCUGAGGCAUCUGACAGAAUUAUCUGUGGAACAUUUCAAUCUUGUGUGACAUGCUUAUUACAAGAAAUUAUACAUGUGCAAUAAUUCUUUAUAUUCAUGAUAAGUGUCACAAUAUUGUCUGUAAAAAGUAGCCUCCCCUUUCUUUAAAAAAAUGUAAUAUGCAUUCUUGAAAUGAAAUGUCUUCCUAAAGCAUUAAUGCCAACUUUUAACUGAUAUGAAACCCUACUUUGUGGCCAGACUGUACAUGAAUGAAUGCUUAAAUGCACAUAUUUAUUUAAACAGUAUUAUUCCUUUUUCUUACUGGGGAAUCUUUGAUUGAAGGUUGGGUGGAAUGGGGUAGGGGUUGGAUAGGACCCAAAUUUUUUUUUAUGUUGUUCAAAAUACCCCUCAUGUACCGUACGUAAAAUGUUGCAAUAACUUCUAAAUUGUAACAUUAUUCUUCUGUCAUUUAUAAAUGAAAGUUCUAAAAUUUGUAUCUUUAAUUUACAGAGAUAAAACUGUUAAAUGAUAUUCAAGUGAUGUUGAAGGCCAGUUGGGCAAUUGUUAUUUACAAUGUAUUCACCUAAAACAAUGAUUUAUCAAUCUUUUAUGGUCUUUAUAAUUAUUUUUAUCAAAGUGUCUUUAGAACAAUACUGCAAAAAAGUACACUGUAUGUACACAAAUGUGUGUAAUUUUUUUUUUAUUAAUGACAGGCCAUUUUAUCAAGAAAUUUAUUAAAUACAGAAUUUCCUUUUUUUAAUCAUUAAGUAGAAGAAGCAUUAGAAAUUUUGAUUAAAAAAAAUGUUAUUAAAAGGACAUCUUUUAUGGGGUGCAAUUUCCAUUCAUUUUAAACAAGAUUUGUGGUGAUUUGAAAUUGUUAUUAUGUAAUGUGUAUCAGUUUUCUAAUGUUCAAUUGAAUUGCACUGGGUUUUAUUUUUUUAAUUGCAAAUUUUAUUAAGUGUUUAACAUUUUAUUGG